AUGAGGCAAGCCGUCGCAUCUCCGCUAUAUCCUUCAAGCGGACUCGGAGAUGUCCAAUCUCUUGUCCAGAUUUCACGGUCCAACAUCUAUCGCUUUGGUGACCCAAACGUCGUGGUGCCGGUCUUCCGCGAUGUUGAAUGGACUAUCGGCGAGGGUGAAAACUGGGCUGUAAUAGGGACAGGUUCGAAGCAGAAGACAGCCCUUUUGCAGACGCUCCUCGGUCUCCUACGUAUAACUCCUCCUCUGCCAUUACCUGGAGGCCUAUUUCCUUUCCUUUCCGACCCUCCAUGUGACCCACACACCUGCCCCUCUCUCGUAUCAUUCGCUCAUCGAUCUCGCGCAGCAGGUGGUGCCUUCUAUUACUACACUUCUCCGUACGGCGCAGUUAGAGAAGAGGACCGUAUCGCCCUUCGGGAAAGUAUGUUCGGAGAGUACAACAUUCAGCCAAAAGGCGGCAGGGUGAAAACUCCCGUUGAAAUUGCACAGGACGAAGUCAAGAAAGGCAUCUUUGAGGACCUAGCUUCUAAACUACAUCUUUCCUCUCUGUUGGAUUUGCCUUUGAUCGCUUUAUCAAACGGGCAGACGCGUCGAGCCCGCAUUGUGAAGACUAUUAUGUCUGAACCAGAGCUCCUCGUACUCGACGAACCUUUGACUGGCCUCGACGUCAAUAACCGCCCAACCUUGUUGAAUGUUCUUCGUUCAGUUCAUGAGUCUCGCAGUCCAUGCAUCAUCAUGGGCCUCAGGAUGCAAGACCCCGUUCCUGACUGGAUCUCACAUGUCGCUUUAAUGACGGGCGAAACUAUCUUGACAGACACCAAAGAUGAAAUGCUGUCUAAGCACGCAUACCACCACGCAAAAGAAGCUGAGAGAACGGCACGCACCACUCAGUCUUAUCUGCAGCUUGGCCUUGAUCAUGGAAAGCCACUAGUGGACAUGCAGAACGUGAACGUAUCGCAUGGCACACGCAAGGUGCUCAAAAAUAGUGAUCGGACGAUCCACAAAAGCCAGUGUUGGCAUCUUCAAGGUGCAAGUGGUAUUUCGAACCUCGAGUUGUUCUCCCGACCUCGGCAGCAUAUCCCUACUCCGCUCUUAUGUUCUCUCAUUGGUGUCGUUUCACCAGAACUUGCGAAUGCAUACCCAAGACGCGCCGGUGUCAGUGUAUUCGACGUCAUUGGCACAGGCUUUGACGGCAGUUUCGUCCCUAGCGCACUCAGCAAUGAAGUCAGACAGUGGAGAGUAAAACGCAUACAUGAGAUCCUUAACGGCCUCGGUCCGACUUCCUACGAGUCAGACAUCAAUGGCGAACAGAGUGCGAUCGUUCUGCUGACGCGGGCGCUUGUGAGGCGCCCCCAACUUGUUUUUCUGGACGAAGUUUGGAGUGGUAUGGAUGCAAAUACGGUGCGAGCUGCGAGGCACUACCUUUGCGAGGGUGGUGCUUGGAUCCGACCAAGCAAUGGUGGUUAUCAGCCACUGGGAGGAAGAGGUGCCAUGCAGGGUACAAGAUGGUUUGAGACAAGUAAAUUAGAUGAUGGGGAAGGACAGGAGUUGUAG